AAUGUGCCUCAGCCUUCGUCGUUCCCGCCAAGCACGAGGUCCCAUGAUCCCAUUCCGACAAAUUGACGUAAUGACUAGCUUAUGAUUAGGUCCAUAGAUGUUUGACAGUCUGUCCUUUUCAGACACCGUUCCCCUACAAAUCCCAGAGCUCGUCAGUUUAAAAGCCUAGACUCGCGAAGCACCAGCGCGAUGCUGGUGCGCAGAUCAGUGAUGCGCCAAAAGAAUACCGUGCCGCGUUACGUCAUGUGCUCAGCUGUCCGCCACGUCACGUUUUCUAUCACCAUGACGCGAUGCUAUCACGUGUCGUCCACUGGAUUUCUCCGACUCAUUCGUCCCAUCCCAUCCCAUCCAUCCCAUCCCAUCCCAUCCCAUCCCAUCCCAUCCCAUCCCAUCUAACCCACCCCAUCCCAUCCCCCAUC